CCCACAGUUGCCAGACCCGCGCCAGCUGGCUGGUACACUACUCUCCGGUAUAAGGCAGCCUAGAGAGCUCUCCUUAACACCGUUGCAGCGACAUCGCGGCGCAGCGACUUUCAUCCUCGAUUUUCUUGGAGACUUUCUUCUCUUUUUUUGCGUCUUGCACUUGAGCUGCAGCGCAACAAGGCAGUACUUUAUUUAUUGUCCUCUAAUCAAGCACCACUGCUGAGGCCAUUUACCGAUCCUCAGCGCCGACAGCCGGUCUGCGCGACGUUUGCCACCCCUUGCGAAUGCGCCUGGAGCUCCGACGUGUCUAUCUCUCCAGCGCCGCUCCCGAACAACGGCAACCGCCUGUCCUCUCCUUACAUCACUUUCCUUAACGCUCCUUUUUCUCUUUUAUCGCUCUCUUUGAAUCGACAUCUCCGCGCAUUCAAGCAGAGUCGCCAGUGUCAGGACGCUCGCUCAAAAUAUACAACACAGCACUCUAGAUGCCGCGAAGACGCAGACCGCCAAGGGCCGGUGCCUUGGCUGAGCUCCAGCCGUUGCGAACCGCCGCGCAGAUAGCUACUCUCCAAGCCCUAUACUAUGUCGUCGCCAUCGUCCUCAUCGUCUUCACCACGCUUGUGGCCGGCCUGCCCCUCUCGUCGAACCUCCUGCUAGGCUGGGACGCUGUCCGCGGCGAUACUACCCAAGGGUGGUUAAUGGCGUUUAUUUGGAUAUUCAAUGGUGGUUUUUGCAUGGCGGUCGCUAUUGUUAUACUUAUCGCUCGAAGCAAGCUCGUUCCCGACUUCGCCCUGACAAUACACUUCCUGCAUCUCAUCAUCACGACGAUAUUUACAAAUUCGAUACCGACAAACUCCAUGUGGUGGUUCACCAUGCUUGCAUCAUCGAUGCUUGCAGUGUCCCUGGGAAUGUGGGGAUGCCAGUACCGCGAGCUACAGCCAGUCUUCUUUGGCGGCCGCAUCCUCAACUCAACCGGUGGCUCGGCCUCAAGGGGCCAGACUAGCGCGGAAGACGACGACCUUGAGGCGGCUGCUGGAGAGGAGGACGGCUUUGUGCGUGGCUCGGGUAAAGGAAAGGGCAAGGAUGGCCAAGGGACAUACGAAAUGGUCGAUAUGAAAGCCACUUCCUGAGUCCUUUGGCUGCGUGCUAUCGACUGGUAGACACAAAACUUUCUUGGGAUAGCGAAAUUUGCAUUACUUGGCGUUAGUUUUGGUUAGGACAUGUAUUAUAAUCACACCACGCACGAAAUGACUGACGAGUAGAUACUGGCUGUCAUUCUGGCGCAUUUAUAGAAAGCUCUACUGUAAUACCCCAGCCUGUGAACAAGCGAUAUUCUUGCUUCAUAAUAGAACAUCUAGAUGCUGUUUUUUUUAUUGACGUGCUUACUACUCAUACAUGGUUCUCUCCCUCAAAGCGAACCAACCGCCAUUUCCCGCUCAACCAACUCCAUAUAACCAUUGUAUAUAAUGAUAAAACUGCAAAAUAAUUAAAAUGUCAAAGUGAAUGACGUGUAGAUAUCAUGCCUCCAUAUUGGGUAUGGUUUGUUUAUGCACCUGCAACGACGGCCAGGUUGUCGUAAAUGGCCCUUCGCACAUCAUGCAGCGCGUUCUUGCGACCAACACCAGGCAGACCAACGCUCUCGACAUCGAUUCGGCCGUCGCCCGUCUUGCGGAUCGUAACUGCGCCGUCCACAACCAGGAUACCCUCGCCGCGGAAUUCUGCGGUGUGUCCUGCGGCCUGCAUUGCGCGUCGCAGGUCAGGAAGGCGGAGAUCGCCAACAUGCAGCGGCUGGACUACAGCUCGAGUAGCAGAGGCAAGGUGGCUCGGUACCACAUCCAACGUGGGCAUGGCGGUAGCCGCAGGGACCAGAGCGUUUUGUAGACUGGUUUGAGCAGUCUUUUGUCGCUUGUUAGGGCUUUGUUCAUUGUCAUCCUCGUCGGGCUUGACCUGCAUGGCGGCUGCGAGGAGCUGGCCUGAUAUCGUCACAAUGCCCAGACCACGGACGUUUUGCCAUUUGAGCUUCUUGACCAACGGGUCUGCAAGCUUGACGACCCAGGCGUUGGUGUCGACGCUAGCAUCAAUUACCACGCCAACAGCUGGUGUGAAGACGUCCGAUGCUGCGCGCUCUCCUUCGGUCGCGUUGCUGAGCAAUGCACGGCAGUCCUCGGCCAGCGCCAUAGUCUCGUCCUCAGUGCCGGACACGAGAAUGAGUUUGCGAGGUUGAAUCAGACGGAUAAGCAUGUUCAAACUGCGUGGGUCAUGCAGACCGCUAAAGUCCACGAAACCAAUCUGCAUCUGCGCAGCCACUGUCUCUGUAUGGUAGACGAGCUUGCUUGGGCCAACAGGUUCCGGGGCUUCCGAGUCCUCAACCAAAUCUAGUUCGUCCGGCUCGGCGCGCGAGAGCUCUUCGCCUUCGGAGGGCUCAGUUGAUGCAGCCCAGUUUGGCUGCUGCUUCUUAACGGCGCUGGUGGCUACUUCGUCCCAUUUCCGCUUCUUUCCAACGUCGGCAUCGUCGCCAACAGCUGUAAUUCCUUCUACCGGGUCGUCUUCCUUCUCCUCGGCUCUGAGGAAGUCUUCGGGUCGAAUCAGCUCACCAAAAUCGUCGGUACGCUUUCGGCGGACUGCCACGGGGAACGAUCUCUCACGCCCCUUGCGUCCACGAGAGUCAAAGUCAUAGACGCCUUUCUUCUUAAUCAAAAUGCUCACACCGAGGUCCUCAUCCUUGAGCACCACAUUCUUACGGGCUUGUCCUAGAGUUGCCGAGACGGUCAACGCUUUUCCUUGUUGUUGUCCAUCUUCGUCUUCAGAGUCGGAUGACGACUCUGAUGAAACAUCGUCGACAUCGCCUCCUGUCUCUAGCGUUGUUGUACCAGUUUGUUGUGUAGCCUGAAGUUGACGCUGAGUCGCUAACCACUGUUGAUACAUGUUAAGCUCAUCGCCGUCCAAGGGUUUCUUCUCUGCCUCUCGAACAACCAAAUCACGGCCACCAGCGCGGACCAGUUCGAUAGAAUCUCCCGAGGCCGUUUGUUGCGCGACCACGCCGUGUUUCUUUUCUUUCCACCAAUCCCAGAGGGUCCUCGCAAUAGAUGGCGCCUUCUCCUGAGAGACACCUGGACGGUCGGUGAGGAUAACGAGGUUCUUCUCAUUGGCUGCGAGGUUGCGGAUAAUAUCUUUCGAAAAUCCCCAUUCAACACUGGUGUCGCUGGCGAGAAUGACCCGGCCUCGGCUAGCAUCAAUAUCACCACUUAGCAGCUUUGUAAUCUGGGCUUUACGCUCCAGCAAGCGCAUAAACUUAAAAUCGAAUGGUCCUCCGUCCUUCUUAUCACUUGUGCCAUUUGUCUUGCGCUGGCCUUCUGCGUACGCUUCAAAUUCUUGAACAAUCGAGUCAUCCAUCCACUCGAGCAUACUUCUGGCAUAUCGCAUUGUGCUAGACAUGUUACGUCCAGCGAGAUACAGCUUGACCUCGUGCAGAGGCCCGUUGGCAGCUGCGUCGGUUCGCCAGGCAUGUUCCAGCAUGUACGAAAGCUCAAGCACUCGAGCGCUUGAAUCAAUAGGGAUAAGAACAGUACCUCCCCUUGCGACGCACUGUUUAAUCAUUUCCAGCAUAUGCUCGUCACGCUUGACCCUUCCACCCGCCAGAGCAUUCCUCUCAGAGCCAUGACUGCUACAAAUGAGCGCUGUAGGUUUCCGCAGUUGCUCAAUGACUUCUGUACCGCUUCCACCAGCGCCUCCUAGCCAAGCCGCACCUGCAAAAACAUUCUCUCGAGCCUGGUUCCAAUCCACUGCAUAAACGAUGGAUUCCAAGCCGUGUUGGAUAUGCCAGAUCGUACCGCCAAGUGUAUGGCCUGAGUUAUACGCCGUAACAGUUAAACCAUUAAGCGGCGGCGAAAAUGGCGAAGGAAGAGGUUGGAGGGGUUGUGAGUAUUUAAGCGGUUGUAUCAGAGAGAAGUAUCGUGCGAUAUCGUCAGGGCUAGGUGCUUGAAGAAGCAGGUUCUCUGCAGCAACAGCGGCCGGUGAAUUAGCGUACGCAUAUGCGGUUUCGGUUAUCGAUGCUUCGGAGAUUGUGGUAGCCGCAGCAGGAGACGAGGCGUAGAGAUCUUGCGUUAACGUCCUGCCAAAGUCGAUGACUGGGCGCGUAGCAUAGACGGGUAUUCUUGUAAAGAGGGGGAAGUUGUGACAGCAGUGUGCGUAGGCUGCCAAGUGUGAGGCGGUCGCAUGGGUAAGGAGGAUAAACGAAAGGGUCGGUACUUGU